AAUUCUAAACGCGUUUGGAAAGUUCCUGUUUUUCGUUUUGGCAAAUCACGUAACACAAUGGGGAACCAACUUUGCAAAGGAGGAAAAUUAAGAUCUAAGAAAAGACCAAUGGGUUUCAUUCAUCAUCAAGCUUCACCCUCUCACAUAGGGAUAAGAACUGUGGGAGCGGAUAAAGUUUGUAACUUCACCACCCAUUCAGAUCUUUGUAUCUCCAUAGUAACUUGGAAUAUGAAUGGCCAGGUUUCGCUUGAAGAUUUAGCAGAGAUGAUUGGUAGCAACCGCGAGUUUGAUCUUCUAGCUGUUGGCUUGCAAGAGGCUCCUCCAUGUCCACGAAACAAAGUUGAAACUCUGCUUUCAGCAGCUCUGGAUGAAAGUCAUACUCUGAUAGGUAAAGUUAUCAUGCAAUCUUUGCAGUUGUACCUGUUUGGACCAAAGAAUGCCAGAUCAUUCAUUAAUGAAUUGAAGGUAGACAAACAAUCUGUUGGUGGCUGUGGAGGAAUAAUUGGAAGAAAGAAAGGGGCUGUAGCAAUCCGCAUUAACUACAAAGGCAUAAGAAUGGUGUUCAUCUCCUGCCACCUCUCUGCCCAUGCUCACAAUGUAGAGGAAAGAAACUUACAGUGUAGGCAUAUAUCACAUUCCCUCUUCUCCAAGUUCUGGAAUCCAUAUGCUAGACCAUCCCAUAUUACUAUUUGGUUAGGAGAUCUAAACUACAGGCUUGAAGGGAUUGACACUUAUCCGGCCAGAAAUCUUAUAGAGAAAGACCUUCACCGGCGGUUGCAAAGCAAAGAUCAGCUCUUACAUGAAGCAGAGCGAGGACAAAUUUUCAAUGGUUUCUGUGAGGGAACAUUGACUUUCAAGCCAACAUAUAAGUAUAAUAAAGGAAGUAGCAACUAUGAUACAAGUCAAAAGGUUCGAGUGCCAGCAUGGACAGAUCGUAUAUUGUUCAAGAUAGAAAACGAAAAUAACAUUGAAGCAACACUACAUUCGUACGAGUCAAUGGACGAAAUUUACGGUUCUGAUCAUAAACCAGUAAAGGCACAUAUCUGCUUAAGACUUUGUCAAAUUCCAUCAAAACCCCAUUAA